ACAUGGAAGAUAUCUUGAUAAUUACAUAGGCACCUAAGAUAGACAUGUAGGUAACCGUAAGUUACACUGGUUACACCUGGGUACGAAUGACGCGAUAAAAUUAUACGCCAUUUUUUACGCCACAUAGGCCACAUACACGUGAGGGAAAUAUUCCAGCCACCGAUUAUUCUUGUCUGUCCAUCUUAUUUUGUCCACCGUUUGAAACCGGAAACCCCAGAAAUUCCCCCAACACUCACACAUUUUCGCAUUUUCUACCGUAACUGACCACAACACUUCCGUGGACCCUGGAAGACAGCUACUCGACCGAUAAGCACAUUUCGCAUCUGAUUGACGUCUCCGUUUAACUUGCGAUAACAGCUUUUCCGUCUGAUCGGAUUCAGCUCGUUCUGGUCGCCCGACCUCUCGACAUCUCGAUAUUUGUUUAUCGUCUGUCGCCUGUCGUCUCUUGUCAUUCUCGGCAGCGACAGCAACAACAGCAAUCGGCAUCAUGUCAGACGAUGAGGUCGAAGUGACCGGCACGCGUAGCUCGCGUCGCAAUGCCGACAGGCGGACCCCGCGAUUCAGCUGGAACCUCGCCUAUGAGGAGACUUUCUUCAGGUCGCUAUGUGAAUCCAUGUCGAUGGGUUAUAAAGAGAACCACAGCUUCAAGUCGGGCGCAUGGGAGCGAGCUGCUAUCACCUUACGCGACAAGCAUGGCGCUUAUCCCGAAAAAAGUCACUUGAUUAACAAGGCCGACAAUGCGCGUAAGAAGUUCCGGAUGUGGAGAGGUCUACGAGAAGACCCCGAAUUUCUCUACAACCCCACCACCAGGAUGGUGACCGCGAGCGAGGAAGCUUGGCGACGUCAUUUCGAAAGAGAACCGCUCUCCAAAGCCCUCAGAGGUCGCCCCUUUGACCAUGAAGAAUUCAUGGAGAUACUGUUCCCCGAUGUCGUGGGAUCUGGCGGUGCGCCUAAGCGAAUCAUGAAGCCGAGACGAAGGAACCCCGACGGCACUUUGUCAGCGAGACCAAGCACCGCAACCGCAACCGCGACCGCGGAUCAGACAGUCAUCGAUCCUUCCCUCGAUGGGAGCAUCUACGCCCAGACACCUACGCAGAACUCGGUACAGCAGUCGCAACCAAUGAGUCAACCAGUGCCGACUCCUUCCAUGUCGCAAUCUACUAUGCAGCGACCUUCAUCAACUACUAUUCCGCCCCGAUCAUCUAUCAACGCAAACCCGAGCGCGCUCACCCCACCUGACGAGCAAGUGCCAAACACCCAGGCGCAAAAGCGCCCCAAUCCCAACCCUAGUCCGAUGUAUCCCGAGAAACGUCGAGGUAGACCUUCGCGCUUCUCAUCUAAUUUCUACACCCAGCAAUCGACUACGCCAUCAUCUUCUUCUGCCGCCGCUCCGCCUGCUGCCGCCUCAGCGGCGCCGCAAAGCCUUCAUCCUUCCUUUACCGCCACCCCUGGGCUUAUCGAAGACAGCAUACUGUCCCUUGCGGAGGCUCUCAAGGCUCGAUCUCCCCCUAAAUGGUCAGAACAGGCGGUAGAGAUAUUCUUCGCCGAGUUCGCUGACGAGGAUGCUGACCUCCAACUCAAGAUCGCGGAGAAGGCCCUCACGGAUGAGAACAAGGCUAUGGUCUUCGUCAAGAUGACCCCGAUCCUACGACGACAUUGGGUCGGUCGGUUGAGAGAAGUUCACAUGCGUAAUCUUGGUGGCGGACUUGGUCUAGGAGGACGAGUCGGCGAAGAGGCUUCUUGAAGACAUUUGAAAUUGUCUCACGGAGAUUGCUGUUGAACUGAACUUGGUUAGGCGGCGGAGUUUGGUGUAUGGGCGUUUCAGGCGGAAAGCAAGUUACGGUUGGCAUGUUGCGAGGAUUAGUGUUCCAUGAAAAGCUCUUAGGUGGAGGGGGGAGGCUUGGCCUCGAGGCCGAAUUUCGCCGGUGAGAUCUGUCACGGCAUCGAGAUUGAGACGAUCGAUGACCCCAAUUCCCGUUUUGCUCCACCGGUAGUCUCGUAUUUCG